AUGAAAAAAGCAAAUUUGUUCAAAGAUGAAACAGAAAAAGCCAUUGUUCAUUUCAUUGUGUAUUUAAUAGGUAUACUACUGAUAUUAUGUGUUUAUUAUAACUAUAUAAUUUUAAAAUAUUACUUUUAUUCCUUAUUUUGGGCAUUUAUAAUUUCCAUUCCGUUACAUCAUGUUAAAGUGAAAUUGUCAGAAUUUUUAAAAAAAAAAAUUAUAAAAAAAAAAAAAUAUAUAAAAUCUAUAAAUGGAAAGAAUAAGUCAAAUGAUGAAUCAAACAAAAAUGCGAACGAAAAAGUAAACAAUAAGUGUGAUGAAAAUGAAGAUAAACUAUUAAAGCUUUUUAACGAACAAAAUUUAGAUAAAGAAAACAAAAUUUUAUUUAAAAAUUUUAAAAAAGAUACAUAUAAUUUAAAUGAUGAAAAUAAUGAAGAAUUUUUUCCCUUAAACUGUAAGGAGAAUAUACAAGAAAAAGACUUGUUAUUAAAAAAUAAGGGAAGUUGCCUAUGUAAAAAAAGUUUUUAUAAAAUAGUAGAAAACGUUAGAAAAGAGUUAAAUAUAUACACAUAUAUAUUUUUUUUAAUAAUUAAGCCAAUAUAUAAAGAAGAAAAAAAAGACACUAAUAAUAACAGUUUUAAUAAUUAUGAAAGUGGAAAUGCAAGCGAAAUUUAUUUUUUAAUUUUGCAUAGAAUUAUAUUUUUUUAUAUUCUAAAAAGCAUUAUUUAUAAAUAUAAAGAGUUUUUGUUAUCUAUAUCAAUUUGUAUUUUUUUUGUUUUUGUUUUCUAUAAAAUUAUAAAAAUAAUAUGGUUUCUUUAUUUUUAUAAAAUAUAUAGAAAAUAUUAUGAAAAAUAUUCCUUUUAUUUCUCCUUUGAUUUUUCUUUUAUUUAUAAACGUUAUAUGAAUGAUAUAUUAACAAUUCUUAUCAUAAUUUUUGCAAUUAUUAUUUUUUCUUCUAUUUCAGUUUUCUUUAUUUUUAAUAUAUAUGGAGAAUCCGUAUUUAUAAUUAAUGCAAUUAAUAAUUAUCUCUCAGCUAAUUUUAGGAAUGCAUCCAUUAUUAAAAAUUUUAAAAAGUUUUACAGAAAGAGAGGAAAAGAUGACAUAGAAAAUUUAUAUGAAUUAGUUAAUUUAACAAAAAUACCCUUUUUAAGUAAUAAUACUAUUUCAUCAAUUUAUAAUCAUUUAAAAAGAGCUUUUGAUAUAUAUGAAAAUAUUUAUUUAUACAAUUUUACGAAAAAUAAAAAGGUUUCUAUAAACAUUUGUUGUAUGCCAUUACUUAUUGAAAGAUUUAAUAUUCUGAAGAAAAAUAAUUUAAGCAAUAUAAAAAGAUAUAUAAAAUUUUUAAAUGAAAGAAAAAAACUCAUUUUUCAAAAGUACAAUGAUUGUGAUAGUGAUGUAUGUUUAAAUAAUGAUGAAAAUAAUAAACAUGACUUUUUUAAUAUAAAAAAUUUAUUUUAUAUUUUACCUAAAAAUAAACCUGUUACGAAUAAUAAAUCAAAAAUUAUCACAGAAAACUAUGAAAAAAAUAAUAUUAAUAAAAAAAUAUUUAAAACUGUUUUUGACAAUACAGAAGAAAAUGUUAACACACAAAAAGAAAAGCCAAGUUUAUACGAAGAUGAAUAUGAUCUAAGAGAAAAUAACGUAUAUGGUAAGAAAAAGAAUGAAAAUAAAAAGAAAGAAGAAAAAACAACAAAAGAAGGAAUAUAUUAUAAUGAUACAAAAAGAUUAAAUAAUUCAAAUAAUAACACAAAUAAUAAAUUAAUGGUUAAUAUAUAUGAUCCCGUGAAAGAGAAAAACUUCAAAUUUAAAGAAUUUAUAAAUUAUAUUUAUAAUAUAUUUUUAUCAUUGAAAAAAAUAGAGGAUAUUGGUAAAUUAGCAAAACUUAUUAUAUUCAAUAAUAGUUAUGGAUUAUUAAAAAUAAUGAUUUUUUUUAUAUUGGUAUUCUUUAAUUUUUUUAUGUUUACAUUUGAUGCAAUAGUACAAGCAUUCAUAUUUUUUACAGCAUUAUAUUAUUUAAUAUCAUCAAAAAAAUCAGUUCUGAACUAUUUAAAAGAUAUUUUAUUAGUAGUGGAUCCAUCGAGUAUUUUCUUUCAUAAUAUAACCAAAAAUUUAAAAGCUAUAAUUAUAUGCACAUUAAAAAGAAUAUAUUUUUAUACAAUGUAUAUAUGGUUAAUAUUUUCAUUUUUUCAAUUUCCUAUAAUUUAUGUUCCUACUUUAUUUUGCAUAAUUUUAUCAUUAAUUCCGGUUAUAUCACCAGAAAUUAUUAUCUUAUUUAUUAUUUUACAUUUAUGGAUUAUAAAAAAACAAAAAGUUAUAUCAUUAAUAUUAUUUGUAAUCAAUUUUUUUAUCUACUGGUAUUUUACAACAACUAUUUAUAAAGAAAUCCCCCACACACAUGCUUGGUUGGUUUCUCUUUCCUUGUUCUUGUCUAUUAGCACAUUUGGAUCUAAAGGUCUAAUUUUAGGGCCAUUAAUUGGAUCUAUUCCGUUAAUUUUACAUCAGAUAGCCAUGAAUAAAAAUAAAUCAAUUCAUUUAAAGAAAAAAAAAAAAAAAUUAAAUGAAAAAGAGAAAGAAAAAAGAAAAAAAGAUAAAAAUAAAAGAAUGCUAGAGAUAAAAAAGUAUUCUCACAAACGGUUACAGAAGAAACUUUAUAAAUUUCAUAAUAAUAUAAAAUAUUCUGAAGAAAAAUACAGAGAAUUAAAAAAAAAAAGAAAAGAAAAAAUAUUUUUAUGGAAAAAUAAAUUUUUUAAUUUAUAUAAAUUAAUAGAAAUUAAUAAAAAUAAUAUGAAUACAAAUCAAAAAGAAGAAAAAAGAAGGAACUAUAUGAAUUAUAAUGAUGCUAUUUUAAAAAAAAAAGUGUCACCUUUUCAAAAAUGCAAUUCUGAAGAUAAUAUUCAUAAAGAAGACAAUAAAAUAGCUCUUUAUAUUUAUGAGAGGAAUAAAGAAAAAAAUAAAGAAAAAAAAAUUAACCAUAAUUUAAUAUCGAAAAAAAUUAAAAAAAAUAAAAACAAAAAAGUACUUCCUUAUAAAAAAUCAAAGAGUUUAAUAUACUUAUAUGAUCAGUUUCAACAAAAUUUGAAUUAUUUUUUUUCGUGCAUAACAAAUAGUACUUGA